CGUAACGUAAGCGUAGAAACGCCACUCUGCGCCUCUGAAAGGAAAGUACCUUAUGGAAAUCCCCUACUGGCUUUUAUGUACAGCUAACAAUCGGGCUGGUUUGACUAGAGAGCGUGUUGUGGAGGCGAGCAGAGAAAUCCAGCGGCUCUCCGAAAGCGCCAUGGACAAUUAAAGUGGACUGAGUGAAGUAGCAGCGGAGCCAGAGCAUCUUAUGGGCUUUGUUGGCGGAUACCGACAUAUUGAACAGAGAUAGAUUGGUUAUCCGGAACGCCAUGUCUCAGGGCCAGAACUUCCUGCCCAAGUUCCUAUUCGUCAGCAAUCUCCUGAAGGCGGUCAAAAUCAGAGAGCGGGUGCCCAAUGAUGUGGUCAAACCCUCGGCAGGCGGCAGCCUGAUCCAUCACCUGCGGAGCAUGCACCGUUACACACUGGAGAUGAUCCGAAUGAGCCAGUUUCCGCAGGCCUUCAGAGAGGUCAUCCAGGCGGCCAUCUUGGACAGGGCAAUGCAGAGCUCGCUGGAACAGGAGAAGAGGCUGAACUGGUGCCGUGAGGUCAAGAAGCUGGUGCCGCUCAGAACCAACGGAGAUGGGAAUUGCCUGCUUCACGCAGCGUCUCAGUAUCUGCUGGGGGUUCAGGACACAGAUCUGGUGCUGAGGAAAGCUCUGCAUGCGGUGCUGAAGGAAACGGACACGACUGAUUUCCUGACGCGCUUUCAGACAGAGUUGUUGCACUCUCAGGAGUUCACACAGACCGGCCUGCGCUACAGCACGCUGAACUGGGAGGAGGAAUGGGUUAAGAUUGUAGAUAUGGCAUCUCCCGUGUCCAGCAGUAACGGCCUGCAGUUCGACUCUUUAGAGGAUAUUCACAUCUUUGUGCUUUCAAAUAUUCUGCGGAGGCCGAUUAUCGUCAUUGCAGAUCAAGUACUCCGAAGUAUGAAGUCUGGUUCCUCCUUUUCCCCCCUCAAUGUUGGGGGAAUAUACCUGCCUUUGCAUUGGCCUCCAGGUGAAUGCUACAAAUAUCCCAUAGUGCUCGGCUACGACUCGCAGCAUUUUGCACCCCUGAUCACAAUCAAAGACAGCGGCCCAGAGAUCCGUGCGGUGCCGCUGAUAAACCCGGGACGGGGAGGCUUCGAGGAGCUUCGAGUUCACUUUCUGACAGAAAAGGAGCAGCAACAGAAGGAGAAGCUGCUGAAAGACUUCCUGAUGCUCAUCGAGAUCCCGGUCAUCGGCUUGGGCUACGAUCCCACACAGAUCAUCACAGCGGCCAGACUGGAUGAAGGGAAUCUACCUGAGGAUAUGAACCUGAUGGAGGAUUACCUGCAGCUGGUGAACCACGAGUACAAGCGCUGGCAGGAGGACAAGGACUCUCUCUGGGCCCCGCAGUCCCAGCGUCCGCCACCGUUCUCCGUCUCUCAGCUCUCCUUAAUCGAGAUCCGCUGCGCCACGCCGAGAUGCACUUUCUACGUCUCUGUGGACACGCAACCACACUGUCACGAGUGCUUCGAAAAGAGGCAGGCGGGACGCAAACCUGAGGCCAUUUCUACAAUAAAUCAAACCUCAUCCUCAGAUACUGAAAGUCGCGGGAAAAUGGAGCGCUCCAUCCUGCCUAGUCCGAGGUCAGCGCCCCCUACAGCUCCAAGUUUAAGCCUAUAUAGUGAAACUCAUGCUAUGAAGUGUAAAACUCCCGGCUGCUUAUUUACGCUCAGUGUGGAGCACGAUGGUUUAUGCGAACGCUGUUUUACUGCGAGGCAAAACCGAACGGCGGGACCGUCUCACGGCUGGUGGGCGUCGGGCGGUCGGGAAAGAGAACGGGACACAGAAAAAUGCGUGAUGUGCCGGCAGGAGGUGUUUAGGAUAUUUAAUGGCCUCUGCCCACCGUGCAUGCAGAGGACGGCUGUUUCUGAGCGGGAGGACACCCAGCAGCAGCAACAGCAGCAGCAGGAGCCCAGGACGGAGGGUUCGGUGUGGGCAGAACGCAGUGGGCAGACCUGGCAGACGCCCGCAGCCAGACAGUGCAAACGCUCUGGAUGCCAGUUCUUCGGGACACAGGAGAAGCUGGGAUUCUGCACCAUAUGCUAUCUAGACUACCAGACCAAUCACCAGGCGACUCCAGCUAUCGUGCAGCCCAGGCACACGUCUGAGGCGGGCUUCCAGAACUGUCCGCGGUGCCGGGGCCCAGGCUGCGGGGCCGAGGGGAAGGCCAUGCUGGAGGGAUACUGCAACAAGUGCUUCGUGAAGGAACAGAGCGCCAGACUCAACCAAGCUGCUAGCAGAGGCUCUCAGUCCCCACCACUCGUCACGCGUGCAUCGAAAGCUCGUCCUCCUCCUCCAGUGCUGACCCAGGCUCAGUGUCGGCGCAGCGGCUGUAAAAACCUGUCUCCAGGCUGCACAGAUCUCUGUCCGGACUGCCUGAGCCGUGGUCAGCGUGAGGGUCGGCGCGCUCAGGCUCCCAAAGAGAAAAGCAAACAGCGCUGCAAAACUCAAGGCUGCGACCACUACGCCAACCAGGAGAAACAAGGCUACUGCAACGAGUGCGACCACUUCAAGCAGAUCUACAGGGGCUGACGACGCUACGGAGGAUCAAGGCUACUAAAGGGCCCGGUUUAUGCUGGCGAACACUUUUACACUUUUAUUUUAUUUGGUGCCCAGAAUCUGCUAUCUAUCUUGGGCAGGGCCUAAAAGAGCCCGGUGGUGCUGUAGAAUUGGCGAAUAAUACCUCUGUAAGUGAAGUAUCACGUGUAAAUACACUGCAGACAUAUGCUUUUCUUAUUUAGAGGUUUUGUCUCAUUGCUAGUCGGAAUACAGUUAAAUUAUUACACCCCCCCUUUAUAUAUUUUCCCCAAUUUCUGUUUGUAAACAUAACACAAUGUCUAAUAGCUGAUUUCUUUUCUCUUUGCCAUGAUGACAGCACAUAAU